AUGGCUGCACCACUUGUCAACUCUGGCAAGCUGUCUGCGGCUGAUGAGUCGGUCCUCUCCAGCUGGCCAAAGCGCGAGGGUUAUAUCAUGGUUAUGGACGCAAGCGAGGUUGCCUCGUAUGUUGUGGCUCAUGGGGGCGUUGGCAAGCUUCCUGUGUCGCCAACAUCUCCAAGAUUAAGUGUAACUCCAUCCUCCUCUGUCUGGGUCAGAAGAGAUGGCAUCCGGGAAGUCAUCAGGCCGACUGCAGUGCCAACUGGUGCACCUCCUGCGCAGCAAGAGCACGGCAUUCUUCCGUCUUUCUUUUCCUGGAUUGGUCUGCAGAUACACCCGUUCGCUAGGUGCAUGGUCGGUGGCGUAUCAAGCGAAAAGCAUUCGAAUGUGAAAAUAUGA